UUGUCUUUGGAUGAAAGCUUUUUCUCUGCGUGCGCCUAUCCCGGUUCUACAGAAGAUUUAGCGACUGUUGUAGCAGCUAGUGGUGCGCGCGUUCGGAAUAGCGGCGUGAGAGUCUGCCAUGGAGUCAAGCGUGGAGGAGGAAAUCAGAACAUUCUGGAAUGAAAAUAGAUGAAAUGAGCAUAAAGUUACAGUGUAAUGAAUUGGGAAUGAAAUCUGUGCACAAUUUGUUCUAGUGUCGAAGAUGAGGCAGUGGACAAAAGCAGCUUUAAGAGGUGCAAUCAGAUUGAUUUCUAUAGACGUCAGAAACGUUUAUGUCCUGGGAAGUCCUCAUAUCGAGCUUUUAUGGACACAGUGGAAUUAUCCAAUAGGAGUGUCAAAUUCCAAAUUAUCAAUGAAGAAUGCAAGGUUCCUCUUUUAGUAGAACUUUAUGAAAUAGAAGGCAAUAUUUUCAGGCUUCAGGUAAAUGAAAUAGCACCACUGAAACCAAGGUAUCAAGUCUCAGAUGUUCUCAUAAAAGAACCUGCCAGCCUCAGGCUAACGAUAUUACAAAAAGAUGCAAGUGAGCUUGUGUUGGCUUGCUCCAAUGAAGACCAGCAGCUUCACAUUACAGCAAAUCCCUUUCAGAUGCAACUUGUUUCCAAGGAUGAGAUUGUAUUGAGCAUGAACACAAAUGACUUGUUGUAUUUUGAGCACCUGCAGCAUCCACCACAAAUCAGGAAAUCUACAUUGCAGGAAAAGGCAGAUGGAUCAGCUGACUCUUUUAAGGGAUAUCAAGAAGACUUGGGACUGUGGGAAGACAAAUUUGGUAGCUUUUUAGACAUCAAAGCCAGUGGUCCCAGUUCUGUAGGCCUUGAUUUUUCUUUACAUGGAUAUGAGCAUGUCUAUGGAAUACCUCAACAUGCAGAGCCGCUUCUGCUUAAAAAUACCAGUGAUGAUGACGUCUACCGGCUUUAUAACCUGGAUGUCUUUGGAUACAAGAUCCACAGCAAAAUGGGCAUUUACGGCUCAGUGCCAUUGCUCUUGGCACACAAGCCAGGUAGAACCAUUGCGGUCUUCUGGCUCAAUUCCUCUGAAACUCUAUUGGAGAUUGCUACCAAAGCUGCCGUGGAGGAACAGAGCAGCUCAGCUUUAUUCACUUCAACUGCUGAGCUCUCUAGAACUCCAGACCUCUCAAAGCAGAGAGUGCUGCCCCAAACUGAUGUGCGUUGGAUGUCAGAAAGUGGAAUCAUUGAUACUUUCAUCCUAAUGGGUCCUCAUCCUUUCGAUGUUUUUAAGCAGUAUGCACAACUGACAGGCACUCAGUCCCUGCCUCCACUCUUCUCCCUUGGCUAUCACCAGUGUCGCUGGAACUAUGAAGAUGAGAAUGAUGUAAAAGAGGUUGAUGCAGGUUUUGAUAAGUUUAACAUCCCGUAUGACGUUAUAUGGCUUGACAUUGAGCACACUGAUGGCAAACGGUACUUCACUUGGGAUAAGAAGAAGUUCUGCAAUCCUGAUAGAAUGCAGAAGGAGCUUAUGAAGAAGAAACGUAAGCUGGUUGUCAUUGUGGACCCCCAUAUCAAGGCUGAUCCUCAAUAUGCCAUAUACUUGCAAGCCAAAGAAAAGGGGUAUUUUGUAAAAGAUCGUACAGGCAGGGAUUUUGAGGGCAUCUGUUGGCCAGGUCUUUCAUCUUACCUGGAUUUUACCAGUCCUGAUGUCAGAGAAUGGUAUGCAGAUCAAUUUGCCUUCAAAAAUUAUAAGGAUUCUUCUGAGAUCCUUUUUGUCUGGAAUGAUAUGAAUGAGCCUUCAGUCUUCAGAGGGAUAGAAUUAACCAUGCAGAAGGAUGCUGUCCACCAUGGUGGAUGGGAACACCGAGAGGUUCAUAAUCUCUAUGGUUUUUACCAGCAAAUGGCAACUGCAGAAGGACUGAUCAGGCGCAAUGGGGGGCUGGAGAGGCCCUUUGUCCUCACACGCUCUUUCUUUGCUGGAUCACAGAGGUAUGGUGCUGUAUGGACUGGAGACAACAAAGCAGAUUGGAGUUACUUGAAAAUCUCCAUUCCAAUGUUGCUUACUAUCAGUGUCGCAGGAAUUUCAUUCUGUGGAGCGGAUGUAGGUGGAUUUAUUGGAAAUCCAGACCCAGAACUACUAGUUCGAUGGUAUCAGGUUGGGGCACUCCAACCUUUUUUCAGAGGCCAUGCAAAUAGGAACACCAGGCGUCGAGAACCAUGGCUGUUUGGAAAAGAGAACACAAAGAUCAUCAGGGAGGCUAUCAAGGAGCGCUACUCCCUCCUCCCUUAUCUAUAUUCACUCUUCUAUCGAGUUCAUAUUGCUGCUGAACCAGUCAUGAGGCCUGUCUGGGUAGAAUUCCCCAAGGAGCUUAAAACGUUUAGCAUAGAAGAUGAGUAUAUGCUUGGAAACGCUUUGCUGGUGUAUCCAGUCACUGAACCCAAAGCCACCACAGUCAGUGUUUUUCUGCCUGGCUCACAAGAGAUCUGGUAUGAUUUUCGAAGAUUUAUACAGCUGGAAGGUCAAGGUACACUGAAGAUCCCAGUGACAUUGAAUAGUAUUCCUGUGAUUCAGCGUGGGGGAACUGUUAUACCACUAAAGACUUCUGUAGAAAAAUCUACAGAAUGGAUGGCAGAUGUUCCUUAUGAACUCCAUGCUGCCCUAGAUUAUAAGGAGUAUGCAACAGGUGAGUUGUACCUGGAUGAUGGCCAUUCCUUCCGCUAUCUCCAUGAGAAGCAGUUCCUGCUCAGGAAGUUCACCUUCCAUGAAAAUGUCUUCUCAUCCAGGUGUGCAGAUGAGAAUGGCCAGUUCCAUUCAAAAUGUGUAGUUGAACAAAUACUGAUUUUGGGACUUAAAAAACAACCUUCUUCUGUGAUUGCCAGGAUCCAUGAUAAAAAAGUCAAAGCAGUGGCUUUCACCUAUGAUGCCAAGAGCUCCGUAUUGACCCUUAAAAAGCUUUCAUUAAAUGUUAGCAUUGAUUGGGAUAUUGAAAUAAAAGUGAGAAGUUAAACUGAGGCUUCAGAGAGGUGUAUGAAAUAAUAGCUUGGAAAUUUCCACCAACUGAAGGAUUUCUGUCUGCAAAGCGCAAUUUCCCUGCUUCUCCCCUACAGCUGCCCCCUGAAAUAUUGCUCCUGCAAGACGGAGACUCCCUUCAGGAGCACCUUCUUUUGUACACAUGAAGCUGCCUUAUAAAACUGUUUCUAAUCAGAAUACUCUCUACUCUUGACUGGCAGCAUUUCUCAGAGUCUGUCACAUAAAUUAUUACAUAUGUAUGUAUGGUCACCAAGUUGCAGCUGAUUUCUGGAGACCCCAGCAAGGGGUCCCUACUUAGCUUCCAAGAUCUGAUGAGACCUGGCUUAUACAUGCAGCCUUCCCUCCCCAUCAUCUACUGCCUGAUCCUUUUAACUGGAGAUUCCACGACUUGGAUAUAGGACUUGUCUGCGUGCAAGGCAGAUUAACAAUGAACUGCAACACUUUCCCCAGCAUGGUGAGGGGGGAGUCAUAGGUCAUCAGUGAGAAGGAAGAAUUGGCAAAAAUCACCUGCCCCAUCUGUCAGCAGAAGUGCUCUGCAGCAUCCAACCCAAAGGUUCGGGAUGACUUAGCUUGGAAUUUAAUUGGACCUUCUUUAAAUAGACAAAAGUUGCAUACUCAAAGGCUGGACUUCUAUAGGUUUCUAUUAAAUGAAUUCAUCAAGAUGCAAAAUAUUUCCAUGAGUGACAACGUGCUGCUGCGACUUGAAUGUUUGUACAAGUAUGUUCCUGACAUAAAAUCUGUGGGCUUGUGUAAACAGUGGCAGUUGGUGAAAGAUUAAGAGACGCAACAUUUAUGGAUGCUGCCUAGAUUAAUAGUGUGCCAACAGAGUGUUGCAAGACUGAGAUUCCCACAACAGGAACCUCACCAGCUAUGGAUCUAGUGUCUCUAACAUGUAGCUUCUGAGAAGGAAUAUACAUGACAUAAAGCAAGCAGAUAGAUUCGGGUGACUAUACCAUGAUGCCGUGUCCGCGGAGAUGGUUCAAACAACCGGACUUCACAGGAAUGUGCCCCAGAACUGUGUACAAGUAUAAUCAUAAUGUAUAGGUGGCACCCUCUCUCAGUCCCCGUCCUGAAAAUAAUCAUUUGAAGAUCCUAAAAUGCUUCCGUGUGAGCCAACUAGGACACUGAAUUCAGCAAGGCCCUGAUGUGGAGCCGAUGCUAACAGUUCUGAAACAGAAGGAAGUCUGAAAGAGCAUGAUCCUAACAGUUUCAAGGACAUGAGCCAAUCUAUAAGGAGCAUUCUAGCUGCUGUUUUGGGGAAACCAGGAAGAUGUUACAAGAACACAGAUAUGUUCCUCGAGGAGUGAAAUUGGGUGCCAAAGGAAACAAAAAGCAUAGAGAAAUGUAUCCAUGCCUCUAACUCCCACCUCUCAUACUAUUCCAAUAAUUGUCCUGCUCAUAGGAAAGGUAGAAAAGGUUCAGGAGUGGGUAGGCUCAUUUCUUUCAGGGUCGGCUUGCCUUCCAAGUCCUGUCCUGGUCAUUGAGCUUCUAAUAGGUAAAGUUGCUUAGCAAUAUUGCAAAAUUCAGAAACCUGGCUUUCAGUAAGAAUGAUGGGGAGGGUGUUAGGGUGACAAAUGCUAUUUGUAAUUAAAAUGGCUUCAGCUUCAGUGGAUGGAGUUUUUGCUUUUAUUUUUGAGCUGACUGAAUUAUUUUACAGGAUUUUUUAUUGUCUUUGUAAGGCUUAAUGCUUCAUCUCUUCACUGCCCAUCUGCCCUCUACUAAGGACAGUUUAACAGAGCCUGAGCAGAAGAUUAAUUAUUCCCUAUUCAUUUAUCCAAUACAAUUUAUCCAUAUACAUUUAUCCAUAUACAGUUUUCUGUAACUAUAUAUUUCUCCCAUUUCCUUUUGGUUGCUUUUGGUAGUUUACUGUUCAAAUUUACUCAA